CUUUUGCAUUUCCAAAUGGCGACGGCAAGUACAAUCACCGCGCCGCCGUCGAUGGCGACAUCCUCCACGUUACCGUCGUCGACAUCACUGCACAUGGAAAUCCGCAUUAAGACGCUCAACGACCACACGUUCUCCCUCACGGUGCCGCGCGCGAUAUCGAUUCGCGACCUCAAAACCACGCUGCAGGGCACGACGUCAGUGCCCCCGCAGCGCCAGCGACUCAUCUACCGAGGAAAGCUUCUUCGUGACGGCGACUUGCUCAGUGCGUACAACGUCGAGGACGGGCACAUGGUGCACAUGGUGGCACGACCCGAGCGUGCGCAACAACAGCAGCAACAGCAGCCCACGUCGCCCCCUUCAUCAUCGCUGCUAUUGGCACCUCUGCACGAUACCGCCGAGCUUCUCCAGUCUCGCCUCGCGCGGCUGGAUGCGUCCACGGCCAGUUCACUCGCGACGAUGCGCCAGCGACUCGGCGCAGCCGUCGACUCUGGCUUCUCGUCGAUGCCACCACCGUCGUCCCAAGUCCACCACGACCGCCUUCAAUUCCUGCGGUCGCGAUACGGCAACCCGCAUGAUGCGUCGCCGCUAGCGAGUGAACCAGAAUCCGAAGCGUCCACCGCCCCCGUUCUGCCGUCGGUGGAGCACAUUCGUCAAGGCCUGAUGACCGUUCAAUCCAUGCUGUCGCUGCCCGCCACGUCAUCUCGUGACGACGGCUUGUCACCGGCGUCGGCCGCUCCUAUUCGCCGACGGCAGUUUUUUAUUGGCCAAUGGCUGGACGUCAAGGACACUGUGAACCAAUGGCUGGAAGGCACGGUCCUCGACUUGAACGUCCACCAAGUGUAUGUGCAUUAUCAUGGAUGGCCGACCCGAUGGGACGAAUGGAUCGACGCGACGUCGCCGCGCUUGGCGGCAUUUCGCACGCGGACGCUGCAUGCAAAUACCUCCCGCCAUCUCUCCCCCGCUCCAUCCUUGAGUAAUCCCCAGCAAGUUAUGCCUGCUUCCGCCGACACACCCACGACGAUCCGUGCGCUGCUGCCGCAAAUGCGGUCCGUGCUGCAUGAGAUGCUGCCGUUUGUGGAUGCUUUAGCAGCCGCCGUCGAGUCCGAAGCGGCGUCCGUCGACACUGGCGAUAGCGACGAUGAUAUGGGGUCCCAGGCACCUCAAAUUCGCGAGCUUGUGGCGACCGUGGCCCCGCUCUUCGACCGCGUGGGGCGGCUGUUGGCGGACGCGGCGCCUGCCGUCCAAUCCCUCGCGACAGCUCGAGAACCACGCGACUCUGCCUGGAAUCUGACGCGUGGCGGAUCUGCUACCUCGGAUAUACCUACGUUCCGUGAGCUGAUUACGGUGCCGAGUCCUCUGACGACCGCGCCGCCGCCGUCCAUGGGGCGUCGCAGCAUCGACGUGCACAUCCACGCGAUCCUCGCGCCGACUUCCACGGCCUCGUUCGGCUCAAAUGACGCGGAUGGGAUGCAACGGUGGCGUGAGCUGUCGGAACGGCUGUCCCGACCCCGCAUGACAUCAUCUAGUCCGCUGCCGCCCCCCUUCUUUGGAGGGGGGGGCGUGGCCGUGGAGACGUCACCGCCGCUGCUGGAGGAGGUGCCCAGCAAUGUCGGAAGCAACGACCUCGUCGACAGACACUCGUCGUUUCCCGAAGCAGCGGCGCGCACGUCAUCAACAUCGGCUACGUUUCUGGAUGUGAUUCGACGCACGAUGCACCACAUGAGUCCGUCGCCGAUGCAACUGCAUGACGCAGGAAACAUGACGGAAAGCGCCGUGAAUAUGGACGAAGGCGGCGUCGAGGAGGACAUGGAGUAAACGUUUGUUUGCAGAAGUACAGGAGUAGCCCCCCCGCUGUUGUUAUAUAUAUAUAUACAUUUAACCACAUUACCCAUGGACCACG